CUCCACAGACUCCAAAUACGGCCGAUGUCUGAAGGCGUCCAGCAGUUUGAGCCUGAAACAAGGAACAAAAGACAUCUGAAGACGCUCUUUGGUUAACUGAAAGGAUUACUGAACCCGAAUAAAUAACUCGCUAACUCCGAAGAGGACUUUAACAUCCUGCAGAUAUGAUUUUCGACAAGUUAAAAAAGUUUGACGUCGUGUUCGACUCUCCGGAGGUGGACAGUCCCCCUGUUUUUAGCAGCGGGGACGUGGUGUCCGGCCGGGUGGUGCUGGACCUGUCCGGGGAGAGUCGGAUAGAGUCACUGAAGCUCCACGCCGAAGGGUUCGCUAAAGUACACUGGACCGAGUCCCGGUCCGCAGGCUCCAGUACCGCAUACACCCAGAACUACAGCGACGAAGUGGAGUACCUGAACCGAAGAGAAGUGCUGCUGCAGGCAGAUAAUGGCGAAAUGACUGUCCUUCCUGCCGGCAGACAUGAGUAUCCGUUUAGCUUCCAGCUCCCUGAGGAGACGCUCGUCACCUCCUUCGAGGGAAAACAUGGCAGCAUCCGCUACUGGGUCAAAGUGAAGCUGCAUAGGCCGUGGGCCACUGUCAAGAAGAUCAAGAAGGAGUUUACAGUCAUCGAGCCCAUUGACAUCAACACACCGGCCUUACUGGCGCCACAGGCUGGAACAAAGGACAAGAUGGCACGGGCAUGGUACCGAAACUUUGGACAGGUGUCUGUUACUGCAAAGAUCGACCGCAAAGGCUACACACCAGGUGAGGUGAUUCCUGUCUUUGCCGAGUUUGACAACUCUACCUCCAGAUCAGUAGUUCCCAAAGCUUACAUCACUCAGACGCAGACCUUCAUCGCACGAGGAACCAUGAAGCAGAAGCGCUCUGUGGUGGGCACUCUUUCCGGUGAUAUCGUGGGAGCCAGAAGCAGGGAGACGUGGCAUGGUCGCGCCAUCAAGAUCCCACCGGUGGGUCCCUCCAUCCUGCAGUGCCGCAUCAUCAAAGUGGAGUACAUGCUCAAGGUUUGUGUUGAUGUUCCUGGGACGUCCAAGCUGUGUCUGGAGCUGCCGCUGGUCAUCGGCACCAUCCCCCUCCACCCGUUUGGCAGCAGGACGUCCAGCGUUAGCAGCCAGUACAGCGUCAACCUCGAGUGGCUCCGCAUGGCCAUUCCGGAGCAGCCUGAGCCUCCUCCAGAUUACAGCUCCGUGGUGACGGAGGAGGAGGCCGAGCAGCGAAACAACACGGUGGUCCUGCCACCCGCCGAAGACCUGAGCGGGAUCCUGGAGCGCCCCCUCAUGGCUUUUGUCCAAGAAUUUCGUUUUAGACCUCCGCCGGUGUACUGCGAGAUUGACCCAAACCCUCAGCCCUUAAACAUGAGACCCCGCUGCAUGACGUGUUGAACCCUGAGCCCUGUCUGAGCGUCAAGCGACAUGAAUUUACAAAACCGAAUCAAGAGAUUUGUCGUCUCCUGGAUCACUUCUCUCUGAUAAAUGGCACCUGGUCCCACCGAGUGUCGUGGAGAGGGACCAGAGCGCCGUGGAGAGGUCAGGAGAUGGAACUCACAGGAACUGGACUGUCAGUGGAGGUGCAGCCACUUUGCUGUGUGGACACUUUCCUGCUCUGCUGUGAGAAAAGUAUCUCCUCCACAUCAGUUCCUGUCCUCCCCUGAGUGAUCCUUGGCUCGUGGUGAAGCGAGCUGCGAAUACCUCCCAAUCAACGAUUUCCCUCAUCUGAAGCUAAAGCGAAUUUAUGAUUUUGGGACCUAUCGAAAGGGGGGGGGGGUCACUUAAUAUUUGUCAGGUAGAGAGUUGGAAAUGCACCUGGUGUUCAAAGUUUGUAAUAAGCGCUCUUGAUUAGGUGACAUGUUAGGAAGCACAUUGUCAUCUUUGAGUGGCGUUUAAAGACAAAAGUGCAAUUAUUAUCUUCAGUUUCCAACUCUGCUCAUCCUGGCAGCACAGUGUGACUCAGCCGCAGUGUGCCUCUGUUACUUUCUACUGUUACUGAAGCAUUGACUAUCUGAAUGUGGACAAGUGAAGUAAGCAGGUGAAGAAUAUGCAGGUCAGAAUAUUUUUAAAGGGAAAAAUAUGUAUGCCUUAAUUAUCUGCCGAUGAAGAUUGCAUGAGAGUUUCAGGAAGUAGUUCUCUCAGAUGAACAAAAAAAACGAUUCAACUGUAUGUGGAUGAAUACCUAGAGGAGCGUUGUGUUAAUGGAAAGCUUAACACUCAAAUGUCACAUAGUUGUGGUUGUUGACUUUAGCACGAUGAUUAAAUAGGAUGAGCAAUUUGUGUAUAGAGCUGCACGAGGCUCAUAGAUUAGCUUUCCCAGCUGCUAAACAAAAGGAGGAGGAGGAGGAGGUCUCUGAGCUUUUGAUGGGAGCCAGAUGCCUCGGUGCUGUGGCGUUCAAGUUGAGCCUCAAGCUGGAGAUGCCACUGAAAUGGUGUGUGUGUGUGAGAGGAACAUUCCAAAAAGUGACUCGAGGAUGAUGUUUUACUCCUCAACUUCCAAAAAGACAAACUGUUAGGAGCAUGAAAGAUGUCUUCAGGGUCAGCGGUGCGACUUUGGUGUCGCGCACUGAAAUAAACGAAUGUAUUUUUAUACGAAUGCAGUUGUUGAUUCACAAUUUUACCAAAGUUUUGUAAUUGAUUUUUCUAAUAAAAUAAAAUAAAAAAAGCUCAAAAUGA